AUGCUCUCUAGGACUCUCGCAGACUUGAAGUCUCCGCUUCUUUCAGAAAUUCCCCGUUGUCGUCGCUCUCACACACGUUUCGGCGCGAUACAUUCGCCAUCACCGCCAAACUUUUCACGACUCGCAUUACAUGCAUCAAGGUUCCCAAAAUUCAGCAUCGCAUAUCUUUUUAACCAUCACGGUGUCGCAGGUUAUUCGUCCCUUAGUCCCGGCCGACCUCGUCUGGAAGACUCGACGCGCACGCGCCCCUAUUAG